AUGGAUUAAAAAAACACAAGUAAUUAAUAAAAUAAUGUAAAUUACUUAAAGUAUACUUCAUAUGCUAGUGCUUUAGCAGGAAUUUCAACAAAAUUUAUAAUACACCCAUUAGAUACAUUAAAAAAUAAAAUAUAAAUACAAACAUAAAAAUCGCAUUUAAAAGAUUUAAAACGCCAUUUAUUAUUAUAAAAAACAAAAGAAACUUUUAAAAAUGAGGGAAUUCGAGGAUUUUAUAAAGGAGUAGGAAUAUCAUCAUUAGGUUCUGUACCUGCAUUUUCUUUAUUUAUGACUACAUAUGAAUGGACAAAAAAGAAAAUAUCUUAAGAUAAUAAUAUUUUGAGUAAAAAUAAAUUCGUAAUGCAUAUGAUUUGUGGUUUUAAUGCGGAAUUAGUAAGCUGUAUUUUAUGGCUUCCUAUUGAUGUGAUUAAAGAAAGACUUUAAGUUUAAUAAAAUAUUAAACUCUAUAAUUAUAAAAAUUCAAUAAAUGCAGCCUAUGUUAUCAUUUAAAAAGAAGGAAUUUUAGGAUUAUAUACUGGAUUUGGAGCUACACUAGUUUCUUUCGGGACUUCUAUUGCUUUACAUUUUGCCUUUUAUGAAAAACUUAAAGAAUUUUUUUGUGAAAAUCCUGAUAAGAUUAGCUUUAGUUAAAGUAGCCUUUUAGCUGGAUUAGCGGGUAUUAUUUCAAGUACUUUAAGUAAUCCGUUUAGUAUAUCUAAAUUAAGAAUUUAAGUAUAAUAAAUAGAGAGCAAAAAUAGCUUCAGGUAUAAAAAUAUAUUUCAUGGUGUUUAUCUUAUUCACACUUAAGAGGGAUUUUUAGCACAUUUUAAAGGUUUAAGUGCAAAAAUUCUAACUAAUACUCCUUAAAAAUCUAUUUCAAUAAGUAUAACAGAAUAUUUUAGGUAGAUAUUAUUAAAUAAUUAGUAUAAAAAUAUUUAAAAUUGA